CUACCUUCGGAAAUACAUUGCGAACAAUGCUUUAAACAUUUUUAAACGAUAUUUGAAAAUUUACUUGUUUAUCAAUGUGUCACGCGAGACACGGUUCUCUCGUCUACACGACACGCGCAAUAUCUCAUUUAUGAUGCAAUCUCUAAAGAACAAGUAAACGUACAGAUAUGUCCGAAUCUACGACACUACCGACUCCGUAAAGUUUCCGUUUACCUCGCAACGAUGUCCGAAUAUACAGGUUUAAUUGGCUUACCAACGACGGGUCAAUCUCCGAUUAAUCUAGACGAUCGUUUGGUACGAAAACGCAAAUAUCCUCCGCUUGUCUUAAAUGGUCACUGGUUAAACGAUGGAGAAGCACGACUGUUAAACACCGGAACUACAGCAAAAAUAUGGUUAACUGGAAAUAGAAUCCCAUCGACAAUUUGUGGCGGACCACUUUCAGAUGACGUAUACGAGUUAAUGGAUGUGCAUUUUCACUGGGGCGAAGACAAUUGCAAAGGUGCCGAGCACACGAUCAACGAUACUUGGUAUUCGAUGGAAAGUCACGUGGUACACUGGAACAGAAAAUAUGCAACCGUGGAAGAAUGUUUCAGACAUAAGGACGGAUUCUGCAUUUUGGCCUACCUAUUUCUAGUCCAACCAGAUUGUUGUAAUUGCAUUAAUCCGCAAUUGGAAAGGAUAACGGAUCACUUGAAGUAUAUUCUAGAUCCAGACAUGGAAACGAAAAUACCAUCUAACUGUUUGGCGUGGAUGCGCUGGUCAACGUAUUGCACCAGGUAUUAUACUUAUGCAGGAUCGUACAAUAUCGGUGAAUAUCCAGAGUGCGCUACUUGGAUUGUAUUUCCUGUAGUUAUACCGAUACGAGCCAGCGAAAUAAAAGAAUUCCGAAGACUGAGAGAUAGAGAUGGAAACGACAUAAAGACAAACUGGCGAGAAAUACAAUUACUGAGAUGCAGGCAAAUCUUCUUAGCAAUCUCUUAAGUUAAUUUCCAGUCACGAUCGUUCCGCGUCUAUCUUUUUCUGGUACAUUCUGGUAAAAUAUACGAGGAAACAGCGAAUCGUUGUUAUUUCUAUUAAAUAACUUUAUUUAUCGCCUUCGA